GCGAAAGAUCCGACCCGUAAAAUUGAGAAAUUGAACCCCGUCAUACUCUGUUGACUUUGAAGUCAAAACGAAUGCAGAAGUAAAAAUGCAAUAAGAGAGCUUCUUGAUUGUGCACAAUCGAUGAGAGACGGAGCAUCUUCAGCGGCAAAUUAGAAGAUGGACAUACAGCAGAUGGAAGGCAGGGUAGCCGGUGGCGCCACCGUCGCCGACAGCAGCGCAACUGCAAUCACUCCGACUGAUGAAGUGACCCAGUUUAACAUCUAUUUAUCCCGGCGAUACCAGCACUUACUCGAUCAGUCCAUGCCGCACCUCCUCUACCGCUGGAUUGCAUUCAUCGCCAUAGCUUUGGUAUACGCAAUACGAGUAUUGCUACUUCAAGGUUUCUUCAUGGUCUCCUACGUCCUCGGCAUCUAUAUCCUUCACCUCCUCAUCGGGUUUCUCUCCCCUCAGAUUGACCCGGAAACUGAAUUUUCAGACGGUCCAACCCUACCCACCCAGCAAUCCGACGAUUUCCGCCCCUUCGUUCGUCGCCUCCCUGAAUUUAAACUCUGGUAUUCAAUUACAAAAGCAUUCUGCAUUGCCUUAACGCUGACAUUCUUCAGCAUGUUUAAUGUGCCCGUCUUUUGGCCAAUCCUCCUUUUCUAUUGGAUUAUCUUUUUCAUGCUUAUUAUGAGAAAACAGAUACUGCACAUGAUCAAAUACAAAUAUUUGCCAUUUUCUUUUGGGAAGCAGCGUUAUGAUGUGAACAGAGCAGCAUCUUCGAGUGACACUGGCGAUAGCUAGAUUUAUUAUCCAGAGGCAUUGCAGGUAGCAAUGCCCUUCAAACUUAUGACAUCUUGAUAUCAGACCAAUCCUUUCUGGUGGCAUGCCUGUCUAGCAGUAUUUUGAAUUUGAAUGUAAAGUGUUGAUGUAUGAACUAUACUUUUAGCAAGAUCCUUGUAAUGGAGCCAUGAAAGGUUAGGCACCCACCCCCAUGUUGUUUGAAAUCAAUGCUUACAAUAGGGAUGUUAACUGACAAAGUGAAUAAAAUGUGUAGUAAUUUUGUAC